AUGGCCAAAAAGAGAAAAGCAGAAUGCCUUGAUGGAACAGAAGGUCGGGCAGCCCUCCCUUUCGCUGACGAGGCACAUACCACAGUCACCACAGUUCCGACGAAGCGACAUGAUGGCCCAUCCCGCUCUCGCAAACUUUCCCGUUCGAGCUCUUCCUCCGCUGCCUCAUCUCGAGCAUCAAGCGCUUCCCGCUCCAGCGUGAAGCCACCCGCAAAACCUACUAUCCCCUGGCCCUCUGCAUUCAAGGACCUAUCCCAGACCCACCGUGCCCUGAACCUCGUAUACACCUUCUGCUGCACAAGAAAGCACUUUGCAACCACAUUUGAGAAUAUCAAAUCAUCUGUCGAAGCCCAGACAGGCGGGAAACGAUUGACCGUUGAGGAUGUGGCCAAGGUCAAGGUGCUGAUCCCACGAGCAGUAAGGUUCGAGGCCGUGGAUGCUGGUGUAGUGGACGUUAUGAGCGUACCAGACUCGAGAGGGCUAAAAUUAGGCAAGACUUGGGAUGGCUGGGAGACGGAAGAAUCAGGUAAGGAUAUGGAAGAUGACGUGGAGAUCGCUGGGAACAGCAUGGAUAAAAGUGAAGUCUUACUGUUUGAGUUUGUGGACGGAGACUUGAGGAGAGAAAAGAAUAUCGGAACGGCGACUCGAAGGCCGAUGGAAGAUAACCUGAAAAUGCCAGUUUAUAAUCAGAAACAUAUGCUGACCCUGCUCGAGAAGCGGAAUAAAAAGUUUUCUGAUGCUAUUGAUACUUUUCUUUCUCGCUGCCAAGAUGAAGGUGUCGACCCGGUCGCAAAACUUGAAGCUGAAAAGGAUGUGUAUCUCCCUGUCUCCGGCAGUCCUGGCAUUAAUACUCCCGCUGCUGCCAAGUUGCCUAUGCAGAUUCCCAAGGAUCGAAAAUCCAUAUCUGAAAUUAUCGCUGAGAUUAGGGAGCAAGAAUGGUACACGGGUCAGAUUGUUCCGAAUGGACAUCGCGUUUUCGAUGCCCAGCUGGCCAUAUACGGCGAAUUGAAUUUUCAACUUUCGCAGAAUGUGGUCAAUGCACUCUACAACACAAAAGGGAUCACUCAGAUAUAUUCGCACCAAGCUGAAGCCAUCAACAACCUUCAUGACGGGCACGACGUGAUCGUUUCAACGUCAACUAGCUCAGGAAAAUCACUGAUCUACCAGGUGCCGAUGCUUUGUGAGCUAGAAAAGGAUAGCCAAAGCCGAGGGAUGUAUAUAUUCCCAACAAAAGCCCUUGCACAGGAUCAGCGGCGGAAUAUGGAGGAACUAAUGCAGUAUAUGGAAGGCUUAGAAUAUACCAUGGUCGAAACCUUUGACGGCGAUACACCAAUGGAGCGGAGAAAUGCAAUUCGUGAUGAAGCCAGGAUCAUAUUUACCAAUCCAGAUAUGCUCCACAUUACAAUCUUGCCACAGGAAUCGUCUUGGCGUACCUUUCUCAAAAAUUUGAAGCUCGUAGUCGUGGACGAGCUUCAUGUGUACAAUGGCCUCUUUGGCUCCCACGUCGCGUAUAUUAUGAGGCGGCUGAGAAGGAUAUGCGCUUCUCUGGGGAAUCAUAGCGUGAGAUUUGUAUCCUGCUCUGCCACUGUCGCCAAUCCAGAGCAACAUAUGAAGACUAUAUUUGGUGUGAACAAAGUCAAAUUGACCGACUUUGACGGAUCCCCUGCUGGCCGUAAGGAAUUCAUCUGUUGGAAUACCCCCUUUAAGGAUCCUGGUGACCCUAGCUCUGGUCGUGGCAACUGUUUGUUAGAGUCGGCAAGGCUUUUUUGCCAGCUAAUCCUCCGCGGUGUCCGGGUAAUCGCUUUCUGUCGUAUUCGAAAACAAUGUGAAUUCCUCCUAAGUGCAGUGAGAGAUGAAUUCCGUGCCUUAGAUCGAUCAAGCGUCGCCAAGUUCGUCAUGGGCUACCGUGGUGGAUACAGUCCCCAAGAUCGGCGCCAGAUUGAACGGGAGAUGUUUGAAGGGAAACUCCUGGGCAUAGUAGCGACUAGUGCCCUAGAACUUGGCGUCGAUAUAGGCUCUUUGGAUGCAGUCAUUAGCCAUGGGUUUCCAUUCUCGAUCUCUAAUCUCCGUCAACAAAGCGGGCGCGCGGGACGCCGAAAUAAAGACUCACUUUCGAUAUUAGUAGGUGACUCGUACGCAACGGACCAACAUUACAUGCGAAACCCAGAUGAGCUGUUCACAAAACCCAACUGCGAGUUGCAGGUCGAUUUACAGAAUGAGCUAGUCCUCGAAGGCCACCUCCAAUGUGCAGCAUUCGAGAUGCCUAUUCAUCCUGAAGAAGAUGAGCAAUACUUUGGCCCUCAACUAGCUCAGCUGGCUUCCACCCGUUUAGUACGGGAUAAUAUGGGGUUUUACCAUUGUCAUGAACGAUUCCGUCCUCAGCCAGCACGCUGCGUUCAGAUUCGUGAUGUAGAACAAGAGCAUUAUGCGGUUAUCGACACCACGAACAAUCGCAACGCAGUAAUAGAGGAGGUCGAAGAUAGACGAGUUUUUUUCACUCUUUAUGAGGGUGCAAUAUUCCUUCACCAGGGCCAUACUUACCUGGUAAAGGAGUUAAAUACCACUCUACGUUUUGCUCGAGUUGUUCGUGUCCAAGUGGAUUGGACGACGCGGCAGCGGGAUUUCACUGACAUCGAUCCAAUUGAGACGGAGGCAAUAAGGAAAAUCAGUGAUAAAUCUAACAGCCGGGCAUUCUUCGGCGCUAUCAAGAUACACACCGUCGUCUACGGAUACUUCAAAGUGGACAAAAAAGGCCGAAUUUUGGACGCCGUGGCUCUCGACAACCCACCGAUAGAUAUUUUCAGUAAAGGCCUCUGGCUCGACGUCCCAAAACAAGCGCUUGAAAUCCUCGCGUCCCACAAUCUCAAUGCGGCCGCUGCAAUUCACGCCGCGGAACACGCGGUAAUGUCGCUCCUCCCGACAUUCGUGAUCUCAUCACCCGGCGACAUCCGCACGGAGUGCAAAGUCGCAGUCAAAGAAUUAAAAAAGCCCUCUGCACAGUCCCAAAAUAAUCAAGAAGACCGACUGCCUCCGCCACCGCGCCGCCAACGGCCCGCUAGAUUGACGUUCUACGAUGCUAAAGGUGGCGUGUCGGGCUCAGGCAUUGCCUCGAAGGCCUUUGAAUUCAUAGACUCCCUACUCCGUCGCGCAGUCGCACGGAUCGAAUCAUGCACGUGUAUCACGCCACGUGGCUGCGUUGAAUGCGUAUGCGACGAGCGCUGCCCCGAGCUCAACGUUGUGAUGAGCAAAGCUGGGGCAGGUGUCGUGUUGAAGAGCCUUCUGGGAAUGGAGAUUGAUGUUGAUGCGUUGCCAUGGGGGGAGGGGGAGAUGGGUGCACAGGAUGUCUCUUAUGCCGAUGGACCUGAAGGAAGGGAGCUGCCAGCUGGAUUGGCGACAGUUGUCGAAGCUGUGGAGGUUAGAGGGAAGGCUGGCGGAGUGAAAGUGUACGAGUAA